AUGACUGCGACUUGUGGACCGAUCUUCAAGCUUCUCCGCAAAGACCAAGAAUGUAAAUGGACAAAACAAUGCCAAAAAGCUUUUGAUGAUAAUAAGGAAUACCUGCUGGAACCUCCAAUUUUGAUCCCUCCAGUAGAAGGAAGACCAUUGAUCAUGUAUUUCACCGUGCUUGAAGAUUCUAUAGGAUGUGUCCUGGUUCAACAAGACGAUUCUGGUCAAAAAGAGUAUGCCAUUUAUUACUUGAGCAAAAAAGUACGACAUCCAAUAUCAUGCCCCAAAGCCAUCAAAGGAAGUGUUUUGGAUGAUCAUUUGGCUUAUCAACCCAUUGACGAUGAUCAAUCCUUGCAAGAUGACUUCCCAGAUGAAGAGAUCAUGUAUUUGAAAUCAAAAUAUUAUGAAGAGCCUUUACUAGAAGAAGAGCCAGAUCCUGAAUCCCGAUGGGGUUUGAUAUUUGAUGGAGCUGUUAAUGCUUAUGGUCGAGGAAUUGGGGACAUCAUUGUCAUGCCACAAAGUUCUCACAUACCAUUUACUUCAAGACUAGUGUUCGACUACACCAAUAACAUGGCAGAAUACGAAGCUUGUAUUAUGGGACUAGAGGAAGCCAUUGAUCUUAGAAUCAAGAUUCUGGAUGUGUAUGGAGAUUCUACUCUAGUUGUUAAUCAGAUCAAAGGAGAAUGGGAAACUCAUCAUCCUGGUUUAAAUCCUUAUAGAGAUUAUGCCCGAAGAAUGCCUGAAAUGGACAUUGUUUCAUCCUGGUCGUCAUUGAUUACUUUACCAAAUGGGUCGAAGCUGCAUCUUAUGCCAAUGUUACUCAACAAGUGGUAG